UACCGGUUGAGUUGGGCCGCUGUUCCGGAGCGGACAGGCAGCGCUGGCUUCUAGGUUUGUUGGAAGGCGAAGUCGGAAGUCCAUCUAUUGAGUAGAGUGUUAGAAUCCUGGGAAAGCUUCUCCUGUGCUAAGUGCGGGCAAUGUCACAAGUUACAACUACUUACUCUUUUGAUGCCCCCACCAACUUCAUCAACUUUUCGUCUUUGGACACCGAAGAAGAUACUGAAAAUGUAGACUCGUGGUUUGAGGAGAAGGCCAAUUUGGAGAACAACUUUCUUAGGAAGAAAGGAAUUGGAGAGCCUUUUCAAGGCAAAGCUUCCCUGAGAAAAGCCAAACUUCAGCAAGGCCGUGUCACACCUCUGAAGGCAGUUGACAACACUUACUGUAAUGAGACAGAAAAGGAAAAUCUUCAGAAACAUUCCAUUCCAUCAAAUGCUUUUUCUUCUGUGAAUGCUGAAGGGGCUGUAUCAGGAAAAACUCCUGUCCAGCCUCAGAGGAGAUCUGUUAGACUCUCUGCUCAGAAGGAUUUGGAACACAAAGAAAAAAACCAUGACCUUGUUGAAAUGAAAGCAAAGACAUGUACCACUCCGGCUAGUGACUUCCCACCUUCCAAAAAAAUGAAAUUGUCUUAUAAAAAGAAAGCAGAGGAAGAGGAAGAAGGCUGUGUUCGAGAUACUUCCAGAAAGAAUGAAAGAGAAAGUCCGGAGAAAGCCAAGGGUGGGCAUACUGCGCCUAGUGCUCCACCUGCAAGGCAGAAGGUUCUGAAGAGCACUGAGGAGCUGGAGUUGGAGAAAAGACUGAAGAUGCAGCAGGACGUGGUGGAGAUGCGGAGGAAGAACGAGGAGUUCAAGAAGCUCGCUCUCGCGGGGCCAGCGCCACCUGUGAAGAAGUCCACAAACCAAGUCACCAAAACAGUUGACUUCCACUUCCUCACAGAUGAGCGAAUCAAACAACAUCCCAAGAACCAGGAAGAAUAUAAGGAAGUGAAUUUCAUGUCUGAACUUCGAAAGGCUCCUUCAUCUGCUGCCCGAGUGACUAAAGGAUGCACUAUUGUUAAGCCUUUCAAUCUGUCCAAGGGGAAGAAGAGAACAUUUGACGAGGCCACAUCUCAGUAUGUGCCCAUUGCACAGCAGGUCGAAGCCUUCCACAGACGAACCCCUACUAGAUACCACCUGAGGAAUAAGAAGGACGAGAACUUGUUACCCUCCAGACCAGUGACCAAGAUCUCAAGAGACCCCCAGACUCCCAUACUGCAAACCAAAUACCGUGCGAGGCUUGUGACCUGCAAAAGUGCAGCCGAACAGGAGGCUGAGGAGUUGGAGAAGCUGCAACAAUAUAAAUUCAAAGCCCGGGAACUUGAUCCCAGAAUUUUUGGAAGUGGCCCCAUCUUGCCCAAGAGACCUCCUGUUAAACCUCCCACUCAGCCUAUUGGUUUUGAUUUGGAAAUUGAGAAACGAAUUCAGGAUCGAGAGUCAAAGAAAAAGUCAGAAGACGAACACUUUGAGUUUCAUUCCAGACCUUGUCCCACUAAGAUCUUGGAAGAUGUUGUGGGUGUUCCUGAAAAGAAGGUAAUUCCAGCCACUGUCCCCAAGUCACCAGUUUUUGCAUUGAGGAACAGGAUCCGAGUGCUCACCAGAGAAGAUGAGGAAGAGGAUAAACCAGUCGUGAUACGGGCUCAACCUGUGCCACAUUAUGGGGUGCCUUAUAAGCCCCACAUCCCAGAGGCAAGAAACGUGGAGGUGUGCCCCUUCUCCUUUGAUACCCGUGACAAAGAGCGCCAGGUACAGAAGGAGAAGAAAAUAAAAGAAAUGCAGAAAGGGGAGGUGCCCAAGUUCAAGGCCCUUCCUGUGCCCCAUUUUGACACCAUUAGCUUGCCAGAGAAGAAGGUGAAGAAUGUGACUCAGGCUGAGCCUUUCUCCCUGGAAACAGACAAGCGAGGUGCCUAUAAGGCUGAGAUAUGGAAGAAACAGCUAGACGAAGAGCUGAAGCAACAGAAGGAAGCAGCUUGCUUCAAGGCUCGGCCAAACACCAUCAUCUUCCAAGAGCCCUUUGUUCCCAAAAAAGAGAAGAAAUCAGUUGCAGAGAACCUCUCUGGUUCUCUAGUUCAGGAACCCUUUCAACUGGCCACUGAGAAGAGAGCCAAGGAGCGGCAGGAGUCGGAAAAGAGAAUGGCGGAAAUGGAAGCCUGGAAAAUGCAGCAGUUAGAAGAAGUCAGGCAGCAGGAAGAGGCCCAGGAAAAGGAGGAGCUAGCCAGGCUACGGAAAGAACUGGUGCAUAAGGCGAAUCCAAUUCGCAAGUACUCAGCGGUGGAGGUGAAGUCCAGCGAGCUGCCGCUGACUGUGCCCGUGUCUCCGAAGUUCUCCACCCGGUUUCAGUAGGAGCUGUCUAAACACGCCGGGCCUGGAGAGAGCCCUUUUCAGACUCGCCACCAUGUGUGGCAGUGGACCUUUGUGUGGUGGUGACAACUAUGAACGCAUGCCAUUGUUCUCGAAAAUCAUUUUACACCGUUUUGAAACUCGUGAGACAUCACUCCCUUAGACUUUAAUCAGACUUCUUGUAGUUACCCGACAUCAGUGGCCUUACUAUUGAUCUUAGCUCCAGCUAGAGCUUCAAGGGUUUGUCUUAGCACGGUCUCUUUUCCUUUGAACCCCACUCCUCUUUUAUAUAUAUUUUAAACAUAAAUAAAGACAGUUAAA